CGAAGAAGGGACAUUGAGUAAAGUAAGACUGAAUGUUGUCAGAGAGUCAGUUGAAAAGAACAAUGAAAAACAGAAUGGUUGUUGUAUGUGUGUUCGUCACGUGUGUAAAGGAUGUGAACAAACUAUAAGUUGUUGGUUAGAAGAGGCUGAAAGACGAGAACGAAAGCAAAUGCAGAAAGAAUUGGCAUGUAGGAAUGAAAUGAAAAAGGUGGAAGAGAAUGUGUGUGAGAAAACAGCUCCACCGGAGCAGAAUGCUACUAAUAAAAAGUGUGUUUGUGUUUUCCAACAUGCACCCGAGAUCGGGUCAGCACCGCCGGCUUAUAAACAUCACUAUCCCGUGGCAGAGCUGACAGCCCUGAAACUGGACCACGAUCUCGACUGCUCUCCGUUCCAAAGACCAGCACAAAAUGCAGCACGGGUAGCAAUACAAGCGGCAGCACGAGCAGAAGCAGAAGCGAGAGGAGCGCGAGCAGCGGCAGACGCAGCAGUGCACAUGUCACAAGCACAAGAAUUCCCACGAGUACCAAUACUGCCAGUACAGCAGGCGGCGGAAAAAUCCUCAGCGCUCGCUGCCACAGACAGCGAAGAAGAAAGGGAGGAGGACGAAGAACAGGAAGUUUUCGGGGACGCGUCUGAAAUGGUUCCCAGCACAACUGAUUCAGAAAGACCGAGCACCAGCAGGCCGAGAGUGACAAGAUCAAAGACGAUUAAAAGUGGAAAGAUCAGCGUCACAGCUCCGAAAGACACAGCGCCGAACAUAACAGCUCCGAUGGUCGAAGUUGCGGGUCCGGAUGGGCCAAUGCUGGUUUUUAGAGCUUGGACAAUGUCUGAUAUGAGAGACGCGAUGGCACAUCUACCGGAUCCGCAGGACGCGGGCGAAAAGUUUGCUAAAGAACUAUUUUUAUUGUGUCAAGAGUUCAGCCCGACUUCACAAGAACUGAGACGGAU